UUACACAUGCACGAACAUAUUCUAUAUGCAAGGUUUAUGUGUGCAAAUAUAAAAACGAAUGUAUGAGAUAUGUUUCGAGCAGUGCAAAGCGUGCUAUCGUCGAGGAAUGAUCAUCACCUUAUCGUGAUCGCCGUUUCACGUAAUAUAACGUCUGAUAGAAGCAAAGUCACAACGAGAGAUUCACAGCAAGCGAAAAGUUCUCCGAUUCGAAAGCAUUCGACGCGAUCAGGCGAGAUGGUAAAAGCAAAAAAAUACGUGCUAGUGAAGCAUUUCGUGAACGAUCCGAAGCCCACGGAUCUACAAUUGGUAGAAGAGGAGUUGCCGCCUUUACAGAAUGAAGAAUAUCUUGUGGAAGCCGAGUACCUUUCCGUAGACCCGUACAUGAGACCGUAUGUACAAAGAUAUCCGGUCGGAAUCACGAUGAUCGGAAGUCAAGUCGCUAAGAUUGUGGAAUCCAGAAAUCCGAAUUAUCCGGUUGGCAAAAGAGUUGUCGGUUAUCUUGGCUGGAGAACUCAUACGAUUAUCAAUCCAAAGACAAUCGACCAAAAUGAUAAAUUAAUGAAACCACCGUAUAUUUUGCGGGACAUUGACGAUUUGCCACUGUCUCUCGCUUUAGGCGUGCUGGGAAUGCCAGGCAACACAGCAUAUUUUGGUUUGAUGGAAAUAUGCAAGCCAAAAUCUGGCGAGACAAUCGUCAUUAGCGGGGCCGCCGGUGCGGUCGGUUCCCAUGUGGGUCAGAUCGCCAAAAAUCUAGGCCUCACUGUUAUCGGUUUAUGCGGCUCCGAUGAGUUGUAUAUAUUUUUUAUCAUUGAUUUUACCAUCACUCAAUAA